AUGGACGAGACAGAGUCUUCAUCGCCUCCAUCCGUCGAUAAUAAGGUGAAUGAGGAAAUUGAGAACCAAGUACAGAAGUUAGUCAGUCGUCACCGUAAAUUUACGAGGGAAUUCGACAAGAAUAUGGAAAUAUGUCGUACACAGUUGGAUAAGAUACUUACUCAGAGCGCUAAUAAUGCUCCAAUUCAGUUACUAAACAGCCUCUACGAUGUGGACUUAACUAUAACAAAGCUAAAUGAGAUGGAAGAAGAGUAUGAAGAGUGUGCUCUAUGUUCAAACACAAAGCAUGCUCAACCAGUAUCAAUCUCAAAUGUCAAUGAAAAAGUAUCAGUAAGUCUAAAUGACACUUGCGAAGACUACACAAACACAAUCAUGAAACCUAUGGUUACCAUGAGAUCAAUGGUCAGUAUGAAGUCCAAGCAGUUCUUUCUUACUCCAUCAGAAAAGUCGGAAAGCAUAAAUCUGCCGGAAUCCAUCAAGAAAAUUAGCGCUUCACAGCCAAACACUUUGUCGGAUUAUUUUGUAUAUUUGGUUAAUGAGAAGGUAGAACUUCCUACCAUAACCUCUAUUGAUUAUAAAGCAAUCGUUGUAAAGGCACUCGAAUUCGUGAUUCAGUUUUUUCCCUUGUUUAAAAUAUUAAGUGUAAGCAUAGCUAUUACAAUCAUUCAGUGGCUAUUGUAUAUUAUCAGAGUCUAUUUAUACCGUAAAAGCGGUAGCACACCCCUAGAUAUUGAAUUAGAAAGCAUAGGCUUUGGAGCAUUCAGUGGGAAACUGCUCAGGGAUGAUCUAGCGAUCUACAGGCUAUUCACCUCUACGUUUUUCCACAACUCUCUGGGUCAUUUGAUAAUAAGUACGAUGAUGCACUUUAGAUUCAGCUCCGUAUUUGAAAAACUCAACGGAGUCUGGACUACUCUGCUCAUCUACUUUAUGAGCUCAGCGUACGGCAUGAUGGCAGUGUGUUGGUGGUUUCCUAAUGUCCUACAGGCAAAUGGAUUCUCUGGUGAUUGGGGUGUGGCAGGAGCGCUGCUAAGUCGACUAUUCGUAUUCCCUUAUCUAGUACAUAGAGAGCAUCAACACUUUGUCAACAUCAUCGUAAGCUACAUCUGUCUCUUUUUCCUCAAGACUAUUGGUCAAGGAAGUUCAAUAAUCGUAUCGGCGCAUAUUCUAAGUAUGAUCUCAGGCCUCUGUUUUGGGAUAAUGAGCAAUAGUAGGCUCAGGAACGGGCACUGCUUCGGUAUAAACAGUCUUAUGGUCGAUUUUGUCUGCUCUCUGACGCUCUUAGCUGUUCCAAUUUGCUCUAUAUUCAUGCUGUUCCUAGUUAGGGACGGUUGA